AUGUAUUUGAAAGUAUUGUACUUGCUUAUAGCCUAUGCAAUGGCGCAUAUAGCGCCAAUAGAAAUUGCUGGCAGACAUUUCAUGAACACGGAAACAAAAGAGCCGUUUUUCAUCAAGGGAGUUGACUACCAACCUGGUGGAUCUUCUAAAGUGGCUGCUGAUAAAGAUCCGCUGUCAGAUCCUGAAAUAUGUGCCCGUGAUAUCUACCUUUUCCAGAAGCUUGGAGUCAACACCGUCAGAGUCUAUUCAGUUAGUCCUGACUUGGAUCAUGACGCAUGCAUGACCAUGCUGGCAGUGGCUGGCAUAUACUUGAUUUUAGACGUCAAUUCUCCUUUAGAUAAUCAACAUUUGAAUCGCUACGAGCCCUGGGUGUCGUACAAUGCCGACUACAUGGAGCACGUAUUUAAGGUCAUCGAUCAUUUCGGUCAGUACAACAACACGCUGGGCUUUUUUGCUGGUAAUGAAAUUAUCAAUGACGGUCUUUCUGCAAGACGGUCGCCACCGUAUAUUAGAUCGAUUGUGAAGGACAUGAAGACCUACAUCAAACAGCACAUGUCUCGCAUCAUUCCCAUUGGGUAUUCGGCCGCCGAUGACUUGAAAUUUCGACUCUCUUUAUCCGACUAUCUGCAAUGCUAUGACGAAAACAAUCCAGACUCUGAAGUUGAUUUUUAUGGUGUCAAUUCAUAUCAAUGGUGUGGUGAUCAGACGUUUGAGAGUUCUGGCUACGACGAGCUUUCAAAAGCCUAUGCAAAAUACUCGAAGCCAGUGUUUUUCUCCGAGUUUGGAUGCAAUGCUGUCAAGCCCAGAAAAUUUGGAGAAGUGGCCGCACUCUUCUCAUCUAAGAUGAUUGAUGUGUUCUGUGGUGGGCUUGUAUAUGAAUACACCUUGGAGCCCAAUGAAUAUGGCCUUGUACAAGUUGAAGACAAUGGUUCUGUAAAACUACUCCCCGAUUAUGAUGCGUUAAGGGAAAAGUACACGGAUGUUCGUGCAGAUAGUCUCCAACAAGCCUUCGAGCAACUGCAAGUCUUCAUGGCGGAGAUGCCCGAAUGCGAAGAAGCUUACGAGAAUUUAAAAGUUGACACAAAGGUUCCCGAGGGUAUAACUGACCAUCUAAUAGAAAACGGAGUGACAGUUAGGCGGGGCAAAUACAUUUACUUGACUGAGAAUGAAUUGACUUCGAAGUUUUCAAUUCAUGAUGUUGAUGGUAAUGAAUUGAAAGGUCCACAUCGGAUUGAAGUUAUCAACAGUAUUGACUUAAAGUCAAACCAGUCGUCUGGAACGCAGAAGUCAUCGACAUCAGCUAAGAAGUCUUUGUCAUCGACAACUCAGCCGACCGGAGCUUCGUCCUCCAACAGUGACAGGAGCAAAGACAAAAAUCAGGACAAAAACCAUUCCUCAGAAUUGAAAGUCAACUUCUGGUUGCUCCUUGUAGGGUUCAUUUCCAUUUUCGUGGGAUUUGUUGCAUUCAGCACUUCCAUUUAG